AAGUGAAACUUGUCCGGAUUGAGCACUCAGUAGGGAUGGACACUGCAGAAGAGCUGGCGAUUUGCAACCACUGCAAUAAAGAUGUGGUGAAGACGAACCUUCCCAUGCAUGAAGCUCACUGCCAGCGUUUCCUCUGUCUCUGCCCUGACUGUGAUGAACCGGUGCCUAAGGAUCAGCUGGAAGAACAUCGACAGGAACAGCACACUCCGGUAAAAUGUAAGAAGUGCAAUAUGAAGAUGGAAAAAUGCAAGCUACCAGAUCAUGAAACAAACGAAUGCACAGAGAGGCUUCAGAGUUGCGAGUAUUGUCAGCUGGCUCUCCCUUUGAGCAAUCUGAAGGAGCACAUGGUGGCCUGUGGGAGUCGGACAGAACGCUGUCAGGAGUGUAACCGGUACGUCACCCUGAAAGACCAGCUCCAGCACGCUCAGAUCUGCACCUCUGAGGACUUCAGCUUCAUAACUAAAUCCAUUAAUGGACCUGUAAAGCCUCUGCCAGCGAGCACUCUGCAGGAGGAUGAGCUUGAUGACAACGAUUCGAGAGAUCAGCGUGUUAGCCAGGCCGCCGACUCUAAGCCUGAAGACACGAUUCUGUCACUGUCGGAUCUGCAGAAGAAGAAGCGGAAUGAGAAAAUGGGUUGGAGAGAUGAGGAUCAGAUCAGCACCUGUCCACACUGUCACCUCGCUCUGCCACUAAACACGCUGCAAUGGCACGAGGAUAAAUGCAGGAUCGUUGAAGGUCUGAAACGGAUGAGCGAGGCAGUGGAUGUGAAGAAGUGAAAUAAAUCUGUAAGUGCUUGACUGGCAGAACUGCUUUCAGAAACACAGGUGGAGACAUCAGAACUGAUUUUAAUAAAUCAAAAGUGUUUACUCUUUUCAGACAUCUGUAAAGAUAAAAUGAAAAGCAAAAUAUGUGGCCAGCUUAAUUACUGGAUUUGAAAACUAUUAUUUUUUUACUUAGUUUUAUAAAAUGGUGUGAGUUUUCUUAAAUAAAUAGAAUGAAGAUGUGUAAAACUUUGAUGAAUGCAAAGUUAUGAAAACUAUGUAUGUAUAAAUACAUAUGUAUGAUAGAUAGAUAGAUAGAAAGUCAAAGCAUAUAUCAGUUGUCUAUGGAGUUCACACUGGUACUUAUUAAAGAGAAACAAUAGCACAGUCAUGUUUUUGGGAAAAGAUUUUAUACAUCUUUUUAAAUUUCUUAGCAAAAUAUUUGAACUAGCAUGAAUAUGUGUUUUGAAAUUUACAUUGUUUAUUAGCUUUAUCAAUUGGUGUGAGAAUUAUUAAAUAAAAAUAAUUAAUUUGU